GGGUGAUGUCAUUACUGUUGUAGGUCGAUCGCGUGUCCCGGUGUCAUCAUGACCAAACUGAUGGAGUGGCUGUUCGGAAUCUCGGUGGUGCUGGCCGCUUGGGUGCUGGUCGCGUUCGACCCGCUGGACUUGAGCGUCCCUCACAAGUACCGAGAGGUAGCCUGGCCCAUGCCGCUCUACCUGCUGGUGUUGUUCGGCUGCUACUCCCUGGCCACGGUGGGCUACCGGGUGGCCACCUUCAACGACUGCCAGGAGGCGGCCCGGGAGCUCCAGGGGCAAAUCAGGGCAGCCAAGGAGGAUUUGAGGAGGAAAGGCUUGAAGAUGUGCAAUUGACGGACAACCAUCGUUGUUUCGCGUUGGAGGGACUGGGAAGUGGACAUCUUGAGACUGGCAGUCAUCUAUGGACUACACUCACACACGGACGAGUAAAUAAACACACGCUCGAAGAUGCUAAAUGGAAAAAGUCCGAAUUCCAUAAUUCAAUGGGCUUUUUGCUUUGACGAGUGCAAGAAAUCAACUUGUCUGAUAGCAAACCAUGUCGCCAAUGCUAACAAGCAAUGCCAAAUGCCACGGACAGCUAUUGCAUAUCAUCUGUGUCGCUGUGGUAGAACUAAGCAACAGAUGAUCCUUUGUACGCACACUGUGGAUAAACAACAAUACUGUACUCACAGGCGUAUAUCCUUUGCAAAGACUUACUGAGGCGUUUGGACCGUCUCCGCAUACAGCAUAGGUGUCAAAGUCAGGUCCCGGAGGGCCGCCGUCCUGCAUGUUUUCCACGUCUCCCUGUUGCAACACGUCUGUUUCAAAUGAUCAGAUCAUCAGCAAGCUCUGCGGAAGCCUGACAUUGAACCCGUUCAUUUGAACAAGGGUGUGUUGCAGCAGGGAGACGUGGAAAACAUGCAGGUGGACAAGGCAGAAGGAGCGGCAACGAUGUCCCGUGAAUUGAAGCAAAAAAUGGUUUCAUUCUUUUCAUUCCAAGUAACCAGGCCGUUGUUGUAUGAAGACAAUGUUACAAAGUGUUAUUUUUCUGAUUAAAAACACGUGACAUAAAA